AUGAUCUUUUUAUUAUUGAAAGAGUGGGAUGGUGUUGAUGAUAUUCUCAAGAAAAUUGUACCAAUGACUUAUCAGGCAUAUUUAGUUCUCGUGCAAUCGAUCUUCGCAACAGGUGAGCAGAACACGCAGCAUUACCGUUAUCCUCACCUCUCAGCUCUCUCUCUUAAGACCGGCGAAUACUUCAGAUUGAUCUACGACGUGAAAGGACGUUUCGCAGUCCACAGAAUCACCGCCGAGGAAGCGAAAUACAAAUUAUGCAAAGUCCGUAAAGUUCAGACCGGACCUAAGGGUAUUCCAUUCUUGGUAACCCACGACGGGCGUACCAUCCGUUAUCCCGACCCUGUAAUAAAAGUAAACGACACAAUUCAAUUGGAGAUCGCUUCGUCUAAAAUACUUGACUCAAUUCGAUUUGAACCCGGUAACUUGUGUAUGAUUACUGGCGGAAGAAAUUUAGGGCGUGUUGGUACUGUCGUAAAUCGUGAACGUCAUCCAGGUUCUUUCGACAUUUGUCACAUUAAAGAUGCCCAAGGACAUACUUUUGCUACUCGAUUGAACAAUGUUUUUAUUAUCGGAAAGGGAACAAAGGCCUACAUAAGCUUGCCCCGAGGUAAAGGUAUUAAGCUCUCAAUCGCUGAAGAACGUGAUAAGAGAUUAGCGGCUAAAGGUGGCAACUAA